CCAUGUCGGCCAUGUCUGCGGGCGGCGGAGCGCAGCGGGACGCGGGGGCCGCGGGCGGGCGCCGCAGCAAGUGGGACCAACCCGGCCCGGCGCCCACCUUCCUGCUGCCCGGCACGGCGCCGCUGCCCGGGCGGCCGUUCGCCGGCGGGGGCGGCGAUGGCGGCGCCGCCGUGGCCGGUUCCGAGGGCUCCGCGGCGCCCUCGGGAGCGCUGGAUGCGGCCGCGGCCGUGGCGGCGAAGAUCAACGCCAUGCUGAUGGCCAAGGGGAAGCUGAAGCCGGCGCCCAGCACGGCCGACAAGCUGCAGGCUCUGGGAAAAGGUCCAGCCGCCAGCAAGAGCAAAGAUGACCUGGUGGUGGCCGAGGUGGAGAUCAACGACGUGCCCCUCACGUGCAGGAACCUGCUGACCAGGGGCCAGACCCAGGACGAGAUCAGUCGCCUGAGCGGAGCCGCCGUGUCCACCCGGGGCAGGUUCAUGACUGCAGAGGAGAAAGCAAAAGUGGGACCUGGGGACCGUCCCUUGUACCUCCACGUGCAGGGGCAGACGCGGGAGCUGGUGGACAGAGCUGUGAACAGAAUCAAGGAGAUCAUCACCAACGGGGUGGUGAAGGCGGCCACGGGCUCCAGCCCCACGUUCAACGGGGCCACGGUGACCGUGUACCACCAGCCAGCCCCCAUCACCCCCCUGAGCCCGGCCGUGGGGCAGAAACCACCCUUCCAGUCCGGGAUGCAUUACGUGCAGGACAAGCUGUUUGUGGGGCUGGAACACGCCGUGCCCACCUUCAACGUGAAGGAGAAGGUGGAGGGGCCGGGCUGCUCCUACCUGCAGCACAUCCAGAUCGAGACGGGGGCCAAGGUCUUCCUGCGAGGGAAGGGCUCGGGCUGCAUCGAGCCAGCCUCGGGCAGGGAGGCUUUUGAGCCCAUGUACAUCUACAUCAGCCACCCAAAGCCAGAAGGUUUGGCAGCUGCUAAAAAACUGUGUGAGAACCUCUUGCAAACGGUUCACGCCGAGUACUCCCGCUUUGUGAACCAGAUAACCACUGCAGUCCCCUUGGCAGGCUUCACCCAACCCGCCACCAUCAACAGCGUCCCCUCCCAGCCGUCCUACUACCCCUCCAACGGGUACCAGUCUGGCUACCCUGUCGUGCCCCCUCCUCAGCAGCCCGUCCAGCCUCCCUACGGGGUGCCAGGCCUGGUGCCCCCCGCCGUGCCCCUGGCCCCGGGGGUGCUGCCCGCGCUGCCCGCGGCCGUGCCGCCCGUGCCCACCCAGUACCCCAUCCCUCAGGUCCAGCCUCCCGCCAGCACCGGCCAGAGCCCGCUGAGUGCUCCUUUCCUCCCUGCUGCCCCAGUAAAAACCAGCCUGCCAACUGGUGCCCAGCCACAAGUGCAAACCCACCCCCAGGGGCAAAAGAGACGCUUCACCGAGGAGCUGCCCGACGAGAGGGAGUCGGGACUGCUGGGAUACCAGCAUGGACCCAUUCAUAUGACUAAUUUAGGUACAGGCUUCUCCAGUGCGAGCGAACUCGAGGGCGCCGGGGCCAAGGCAGCAAGUUCCUCAGGAAAGGAGAGAGAGAGGGACAGGCAGUUGAUGCCUCCGCCGGCGUUUCCCGUCCCCGGGAUGAAAUCGGAGCCCGAGGAGAGGAAAGGUGCGGGGUCUGUGCCCGGCAGCCACGAUCCUCAAGCCAAGAAGCUGAAGGGCGGCGAGAAGGGCUUUGGGCUGGUGGCCUACGCCGGGGACUCGUCGGACGAGGAGGAGGAACACGGCGCCCACAAAAACGCAAGUACCUUUUCCCAGGGCUGGAGCCUGGGGUACCAAUACCCCUCCUCCCAACAGAGAGCCAAACAACAGAUGCCCUUCUGGAUGGCUCCCUAAAACACAACAAUUUGGGGUUUUUUUGUUUUUUUUUUUUUUUUUGCCUCCAUCUGGUUUUUUUUCCCCCUCCUAGCAAUAAUUGCAUGGAUAUUCCAGAACGAACUGGGCAAAAAAAAAAAGAGACACGUGGUUUUUACGUUUGCAGAAGCCAAUUUUUCUUCUUCUUCUUCCCCUCCCACCUCGGAAGGGCUCCGUUGUUUUUAAAAAAACCCUUAUUUUGGCAGUUUAAAAGAGGAGAUUUGGAGUAGUGCCCUCCCUUAUUGACACAAGGGAGAAGUAAAGAGGAUCCAGGGAAGCCUGUUGGUCCCGAUUUUUCCAAGAUUUUUCCAAGAGAACUCAAAGGGAAGAGUCAGUGAAGCCACUGCCUUCACUCCACCCCUGGUGUUGGCAUUUUACUCCUGCUGCCCCAGCUGCAAUGUUGGACUUUUCACCAGAGGGAAGGAACAUCCAGGAGUUGUGGAAAAAAACUUCACAUUUCUGAAAAAACUCUUUGAUUUUUACUUCCGACGUCUCCCGGAACUCGGCACUGUUGGGUUUUUUUUCCUUGGAAAAGUGGUUUUCCUGAGCCCACAGCUCUCACUCUGGGGGAAUGCUCAGGUUUUUGGAUGGGUUCAUGUCACCCCAGCUGGACUUGGCACUGCAGCUCUGGGACUGAAUCUCCUCCAGUCACCCUGGAACUGCCCCCAGCCAGCAGCUGGACAGAAUUCCAGCAGAAUUCCAGAAGGUUCCAACGAGGGGUUUCCCAAAGGCAGGGGGGGCAGCACUUGGGUCCAGCAGCUCCUGGGACCUGGGAAUGAGCUGUUGGAUUGUGAUGGACACAAACUGCCCCGGGGGCUUUUCCCUGCAGGGUGGGGGGUGCAGCCAGAGCUCCCAGUGACGCUCCCAGUGACUCUCCCAGUGACACUGGGACUGCUCCAGAGCUUGGGUUGAUGCUCCCAGUGACACUGGGACUGCUCCAGAAUUCUGGGUGAUGCUCCCAGUGACACUGGGACUGCUCCAGAACUGCAGGUGACACUCCCAGUGACACUGGGAGUGCUCCAGAGCUCGGGUGACACUGGGACUGCUCCAGAGCUCCCAGUGACACUCCCAGUGACACUCCCAGUGACACUCCCAGUGACACUGGGACUGCUCCAGGGGUGCUGGGCAGCCUUUGGAACAGGAGCUGGGGUUUUGAAGGAUCUGCUGCCCCCGGGCCGGGCUCACCCGUGCAAACCUCGGCUUUCCUUUUGUGCUGUAAAUAAUUAGAACCGAACUUUCAUUAUAAAUAAAUGUAUAAAUAUUCGGC